AUGCAACUAAUGGCGGAUAGAACAUCCCACCGCUUUGUCUGGUUUUUAGGUUUGGUUUUGAUCAUUGCGAGGGGUUUACAAAUCAAAGCAAAAGAUAUCUCAAUACAUCAACACACGUGCGACAGCGACGAAAACGAAGAGGGCUUCUGUGACACGACAGAUGAAAGUAAAUACGUUCAGAACGACGAAAUUGUGGACUUAAAGGAAGAAAUACCAAGAAUACAAAAGACAGAACAAGUAGAAAGUCUUUCACAAGAUUUGAAAGAGGGACAACAAAGUAACGAAGUUCAUAACAAUUUAUCAGAAAGCAAUGAUAAACAAGUUUUAUCUAACAGCAACGCAACUACGGAAUGGAUUGGACUUCAGAUUCCAGUUGUCGAUGGAAUUAAGGCAAGUUUAAUUCUUCUUUGAUCUCGCUUGAAUAUAAUUUAUUAGAUGCCAUUAUUGCGUUCAGAUUAUAUAGGUAUUUAUAUCUUUGUCUUAAUCACCGACUUUCCAUGUAUAAGUUUACAGGCUAAUGCCCAUAACCAGGAGACAAUAACGCUAAGAGACUGGACUUCCAUGCAGGCUCAAUGAUUUAAUAAAUAAGUUAUUUUUAGAUAAAUCUCGCUAUCAAAGAUAGUAGAAGGAUCUAGCAUUUACCAAUCCCGUGUCACAAACUUAGCUUAAAAGAAAUUUCAAGGUCGCAUCGAAAUGUUCUCAGACCGAAAAAUACAAGUAAUUUGCGGGAUUGCCUGGUUUAUUUCAGAGAGAUCAUGCAUACACUCUGACUUUAGAAUUGCAAGCUUCACAGUUUACCUUUGAAAUAACGCUCUUCUGUCGGAUCCAAUCCCUCUCUUUCUUGAGUCUAGUCGCGACUCUACCAGACCUCAAACAAUGAUGCUCAGAAAGGAAAGCCGAUGUGUGUUCUUGAGUGGGGAGACUCACACAGGAAGAAUGCAAAGGAAGCCAAUAAAAAACAUUCCUCUACCCAUUGCAAUCAUACGAAACCGCUAUUAUGCGCAGCUUGUUGAAACAUGUCUUAUGGCCAAGUCGUAAAAUGAGUUGCUAUCUAAUCGAACUUUUACAAACAAUUUAGGUUCUUUGCAAAUGUAAACAUUACAGUGAUGAUACCUUUGUUACACAUUGGAUAGGUUGGUCACAUUCAAGAAAUUGAAAUUCUGCCUGGCAUCAAACGUCACAUGAAAACCCUGAGCAUGCGUCCUCUUGUAUUUGGUAAGAGAUCAGUCCUAUGAGAUAAUUAGGAUCAAAGUCAAUACCUGAACAACAGCGCACCUAUCCCUCCCCUAACCUAGCUUUAACCCUGAUUUGUUACUAUAUGACUGUUGUUGGGUUAGGGAAGGGGUAGGUGUGCAGUUGCUCAGAUACUGAUAUUGAUCCGUUUAUUAACAACAGAAACACUUUCGUCAUAACUGCUGAGUAUACACAGCGCUUGCCACAUGAAAACAUGAUAAAUGGUAUACUCGCUAACGGGUAACUAGUGGUUUCGCCCCACUGUAAGUUCGCCCCGCUGUCUUGUUUCUACACUUGUGUCUCCUAUAUGUAUAAUUUAUAAGGAAAUGUAUGGCCUUCAGUAGGGAGAAUUACUAACUUGAUCUUGGGAGUUAUGGAAUUUUCGCACGGAGAGUGAUUUAAGUGAGAGGAGGAUUUCUCUACACUCAUCAUGUGCGAGGCAUGGUCAAAUAAUGCUAUAGUAGUUGGAAUUGCUACCAUGCCUGUAGAAUAUUGCUCAUUUAAAAAACUUGCUUUUCUCAAUUUCAUUCAUCGUUUUUAUAGAGAUUCCCGAUUUUCUUGACGAGGACGAAUGUGAACUCAUCAUAGCUAUGGCUGAAAACAAAAAACUCAAUGAUAAUCCUAAGAAAACAGAUAACCGAGGUGUUUACUAUGAAGACCCUCUGAACACUUUCAAACAGUGGGACUUGAAUGGUGAUGAAUACAUUGACGCAGAGGAGGUUAGUAAAAUCGCGUCUCUUAAUAGUUCUUCUUGGAACACAUUCUCAGAUAAAACAAACAAAUAAACAAGCACAUCUUGUGAAUGACACCGUGACCUAUGACCUAGUCGAAGUCACAGUCACGCAGUCACUUCCACCAACAGUGCUGUUCAAGACUUCUCUAAAUAGUAGGAUUAAAUGUAUUAUUAUAUAAACUACGGUAUUUUACAAAGAUUUCCAGCCCUGAGAAAAGCCAUAACUGUAUAAGUGUGAAAUUACGAUAAUUUUGUACGUGUCCUUGAUAUCGCCAAUCAGCUGCUGACACGUCACUCUCCUUUCGCGCCACUCUGUCAGGCUAAUAAUAAAUGAAUAGUAAAGUGUUCACCUUUCAUGAAAUCGACGUAUGAUCAACAAAAAUUAAUAAUACAUAGUUGCUGUAGAUAUGGAUUUUCUCUUCAUUUUUUCAUAUUUCAGUCGUGAGUGCAGCGAACGAAUAAGAUCGAGAUACCUGAAGAGAAUUUCCAUAUCUACACGCGUCGAUGGAUUAUCCUCUAUCUAAGAACUUAAUUACCAUUGUUGUUUGUAAUAGCCUAUCUAUAGAAUCAAGGAGGAGACUCGGGCAUAGAGAGGUUCAUCUGUGAUUCGCAAUGCCUUAGUCCAUCCUUGAACUUGAGUUUAAAGAUAAAUUCACUUAUAUCACUUACUGCUCGCAAUAAGAAUUGUAUACUAACAUCCCUUUCUUUCCAUUGCUGUUACAGAUUGUCCUGAUCCCUGGUAAAAUGGAUCUUAAAUUUACCAAACAUAACGCCACCGAGAUGUAAGUGGGAUUUAUCGGUCAACUUAUUUUUUUAAAACUGGGAGAGAAAUAUGCUCUUAAAAAAUUGCUUCUUUAUUUAUUGAUUCGUUCAUUUACUUUUAACAGGAUGAAAACAUUAAACUUGGAUGAAGAUGAUAAUGGUAAGUAUGUUUGUGUCUCAUUAGAGCACGAUAUACGAUCCUGAAAUUAUCGAGGGUAACUGAAUAUGAUCUAUAAUCAAGUAGGAGUAAAACUGUAGAGCGUGUUCCCCGCUUUCAAAUAAUUUGAAGUUAUCACCUUCAUUAACAAUAUACAUCUUUUUUUUCUUUUGUUUGACCAGGAAAAAUCAACCUGACCGAAUUCAAAAGCGUGGAACUGGAGGAAAUAAGACAAUACAUUGCUGGCCUCCUGAACGAUUCGUCACUGAGGAGAAUACCUAACAGUAGAGUAUCUUGGCUGUGGCAUGAUGAGGACGAACUGCUGAGAUACCAGCCUGACUUAUUGCAUGGAUUCCACGAACGGUCGGUAGUUACACGUUUGUUGUAGCUUAUGAGAUCUCCCACUCAUAGUACUUAGUGCGAGUCAAUCCCUUAAAAAAAUGUCUCCUAGAACGCAACCAUAACAGGAGAUGGCGGGUCUAUUCUUGGAAAGAUAUACCAGACAAAGAACUCUUGAUUAGUGACCGCGGGUGAAGGGGGGAGGGGUGUUUGGAAGAGUUUAAAGGGGAUCACAUGGUUUUCAGCUGGAACGGAGGGGGAUCAGUCGCCGCCAACAGAGUAUAAAGGGGGAGGACCAUAGAAAAUUUUUGAUGAUUAACUGCAAAUGGGUGACGAGAGGAUUGUAUGAAUAUUAUAGCGCUUUAUACUUAGAUCAGGUAAAUUUUAUCGUGACGAAACCAAAUUCCACCUCCCUUAGCGAUAAAUGAUGACCCGUCCCUGAGUAAUUAGGGUUAAAGGAAGAACCUUCCAACAGGGGAGGGGCAUGGGGGGGAAGGGGGGUUUCUAUACUAGCCUCUCACGGACAUUGGAGGGUAUACCACGUUGAUUUUUUUUUGCUACCAUGAAUAACAAAUUACUUAACACAAGGGUAAGAUGUGACAUGUAACCGAUGAUUCCCCCCCCCCAGCUACACUCUAAACUACAUCAAUAGUCAACACCUAUAUAGGAACCUAUUGAGGUAUAACUUUUUUUAAUUUAUAGUCUAACGUAUGGUCUACAACAGGUGUAUUUCUAACAGUAAAGUUUUCUUCCAGGCUUCAAGCAGUUACCAAAAUACCAAAGGAAAUUAUUCAGGAGAGUGAACCCAUGCAGGUAAACGGGACAAAUAGUUUCGAAAAAAAACAAACCCUCAACCUCUACCACAAAAAAUGAAAGGAACUAGGAACGUAAACAUAGACAUGACGUAACGUUGUAGCUACUUCUUCAACGAAACAACUCUGCGCGCGCUGAGCAAGAUAACAAUGUUCCGUAUAUGACACGCAAACUUGUUGUUGUUAUUUUAUUGUUGUUCUCAGAUGACGAAAAAUUCUAUGAUUCUGAAAAACUUUGCAAUCUUUUUAAGGUUUUCUUUGAAAGACCAGUUGACCAAUAGCACGACCCAAAUUCGUAGUCCGUCAGCUCCAUCAACAGUCCUGUUAUACCUCGCACCUGACCAAUCUUCAUUUUCUGUCUUCCUUCAUUAUUUUUUAUUACCACUCACACCCACCUCAUUUUGUGUUCAUUAACGUAUCUUGCAACAGCCAAGUCGUUGUUUUGACAUUAUACAAUUCACUUUAAGGUGAUGCAGUUUGAAGAAAACAACUAUCAAUAUUGCCAACAAGAUAGUGAGCCUAAAUUUGAGGGUGUUCCCUGCUGUCUGUACGGAGAUAUGAAAGAAUGCAGAAUAUGCAGGUAUGUGAAAGACAAUUUACCCAAAAAAAGCAUGAAAAUUGAGACAACUAGGACACCUCUCCAAUCCAUUUCGACUUUCUUAUCUAUGUUUCACAUUUUUUCCCACACUGAAGAAUUUCCACAAAAAAAAAGGGGACCGAGAAAAAAAAGGACUUCAUAACCACACGUCUUCGAUGUUGUGGGACAAAAAUUGUGGAACAAAAAUUUGAAGUGGGAGAAGUCAAUCCGGAAGAAGUCAAUCAGAAAAAAAAUUUUAAAGAUUUCAGAGCGUUACAUACCGUACUAGGUAUAAAUAAACAGUUAUUUCUCUAUAUCAUUUCCAAAGGUACAUAACACUAGCUUAUUUCCUCAACGAUGUCGAUGAAGGAGGGGAAUUGGUGAUGCCACUUGCAAAUAGCGAAUUUGAGGUAAGUCGAUGCAAACACCUGGCAAAGAUAUGAAAGAAGCUAUUUUUUAGUCUGGUCCCAUAUAUAGAUAGUGGUAAUAAAAUACGCAAAAUGCAAACUUUUAAAAGAUGUAACCUUAUGUAAGAUAAAAAUUGUUUUUCAACAGUAAGCAGUAUUAAUGAAGGGAAAAUAACUUAGAAAUUUUUGCCCGUCAAGGAGGGGGAGAGGGACAGAUCGGCAAUUUGAGGUUCUAAACAGGGACGGGGGCCAAUAAAGGAGACGAUUUCAUUAAAAACUUGAAGUUGUAUACGGGGGAAGUAGCGUCUAUAAGGGAGAGGAGCUCAUUAAAAACUUGAAAGUCGAGAUGGGGUAAACUCAAAAUUUCAGAGAGGUGGUUGGUUUAAUAGAGGAUGGGUCUUAACUACAAAAUUGAAGAUCUUCACCGUGGAGGAAGAAUAUACAAGCCUUGCAGUUCUAGACGGAGAGGGCUUGCUAAGGAAUGGAGCCUUAUAGAUAGUUGAAGUUCGAGGAAUGGUGAUUAUUGGGAACAUGAAGUUCCAGAAGAUGCCAGGGUACAUGUGCUUAUAAGAGAAAGAAGCUCAUAUAAACGUUAACUUCUAGACAAGGAAGGUUCCUCAGAGAAAGGGGCUCAUUAGAAAAUUGAAGUUCUUGACAGAGAGGAGGUGCAUGAGUAUUUGCAGUAACUUAAUGGUCUACCACAAUUUAGCUCUCUUAAAGGGCUAAACCCCAACGGGUCAGCUUUAGAAACUCUUUACGGUGACCUGUUUAUAUCAUCAACUCAGGAGAUAAAACCAGAUAAUCUCGUUAUACACCUCCCCCCCUUAACACCGAACACUGACGCAGCGCCAUAGUUUCUUUACAAACUUACCCUCUGAAUCUCUAUUUAGGAUGACAUCAUGAACAACUCUGGUACCUGGACAGGGUUUUUCACUUACGACAAGACAACCGGAAGUCGAAAUACCUUUGAAGUGGAUAUACAAUUUAAAAUGGAUGGUGCUAAUAAAGUUAUUUAUGGCAAAGGAAGUGACGACAACGGGGAAUUCGAAUUGAUUGACAGUCUUUUGACAGGAAACAUAAUACGAUUCCGCAAGAAGUAUUUGAAUCAAGGAAACAAAGAUUUUUCCAUUAAAUACGCUGGACAAUUAAAGGGAAAUACACAAAUAGAUGGAAAGUGGUGGGUUCCUGGCGGGGAGAAGAUGCGUGGGAAAUUUUUCAUGCGUCACAAAGGAUACGAGGUUUGUUUUAUUUGAAUUCGGUUCACAAGUGAUAUUGUCAGAGCAAAGUUAUCAGACCUGAGUUACCUCAGCAGUAACUAGUAAAUGUAUAGAAAACCAAAUAAGUGCAAAUUCAGAUUUUGCGAGCUAAAUUUCUUCGUUUCAGACUAUAUUAACGAUUUCUUGAAUCUAUUCCGGUAGUUAUUUCUAAUCAAAUGUUCCUUAUCUGCAGAAAUGGAUGAACAAUGCUAUUGGAAAGUGCAACUCACACGAGUACUGUGCUAAAGGCAAACUGGUCAUCAAACCGAAACGAGGCAAGGCUGUUAUGUGGUACAACCAUGUGCCUAAUGAUGAUGGUACAUGGAUCGGGGGACUGGAUAACAGGAUGUACUACGGUCACUGUGACGUCACCAAAGGCGAGAAAUGGAUGGCCACUAAUUGGAUCAACGUAGAUGGUGACGGGGAGAUGGAGUUGAGGGCCUGGAAACGAGGUACAAACCUCAUAUCUGACACUAGGAAGCACUUGAACCAGAAUAUUCUUCAAAGAAUGCGAAGAGCUGAAGACAAUAAAGCACCAGAUGAGAUUGAAGAAGAACUUAACAAUGAUAUGGAGAACACCCAAGAAUGGACGUUUGAAUCUCGUCCGAAAGAAAGACACGUUCUUAAUGCUGUUGUAUCGCUGUUAGAAUCUCUUAACGAGGAAGAAAUGGUAGCUGUUUCGAAGAAAGUACAUGAGAAACUUCAGAUGCUAUGUGUACCUUUAGUUCUAAACCAAGGCGGUAAAAUUUCUUUAGUGGAUGGAAGUAAGGCUGAGUGAAAGAGAAAACAUUCUCGCCUCUAGAAUGCAAUCAUAGGUAAAAUAAUUUUCGAACUUUUUUAUUGUGGAUAAAAAGUCAUUAUUUCAGAGUUGAACAUUUUAAGGAAAGUUUAUUAGAGGUACUAAGGAAUCAGUAAUUUUUCACAUGGUUUUCAGGGGAGACGGAGAAGUAUCAGUCGUUGCCAACAGGGUAUAAAUUGACCGCCAAUUAACUGGUAAUGAGUGGCGGGAAUCAUAAGAGUAUUAUUUGCCUUAUGUUGGGAUUUCAUUGCGACACAACCAAAAUCCUCCAAGCCUCCCACCCCCGGCAAUAACCAUGAUGACCGGUCCCUAAAGCUAUAUUGUCUAUAUUUCUGUACAGAGAAGCUAUAACGUUGACGUUUCGUGUAUAAAACCCUAAUGUGUGUUGUUUUCCCAUGACGGUCAUUAAAUAUUCCUUUCCUGAAGUACAUAGACAUCAUGUUGUACAAAGGGUUAUUAAUACAUUUGUUGAGAAAACCAUUUUGCGUGAGGAUUCUCGCAGUAAUUGAAUGUAGAACGGUUCGUCAAUUAGUAAAAUGCUGGUGCGCAAACAUACAUGUAGAUGGUUAUGAGUUUCUUUAUCAGAACCCAUUUUUUCUUGGUGAUCUGGUGUACACAUGGUGGCUGUGCUAAAAAAUACUUUGUUUUCAUAAGAAUACACGAAGCCAAGUAUAAAAAUGUUAGACUAAAGUGUAGUCCAAUCUCUUAAUAUCCUUUUACAUGGAAACAUGGAGUGAAAGUUAUUUUUUUGCUUACAGUCACCGCUGAAGGCGUGAGUAUUUGAGAAUAAAUGUAAAUAUUCAACACGAUGUGUUUUUAGUUUACGAUAGUAGGAGCGCUUUUCAAUUUAGUGUUGUAAAACCAAAACCAAAGUAAUCAAAACAGCCAAUCAUAGCAAGGAAAAUUUAUCCAGGAGCCAAUGAGAACUCGAGGUAAAAACAAGCAAACUUCCAGAAGCGCAGGAAAACGCAAGUGACAAAGUCGCGAUUGGUUUUAGUUUUGAAUCUGAUUGGUCGAGAAGGUGGCCCUGGUUUUCAGGACCAAUUACGGGGCGAAGUAAAGAAAAACCAAUGCAAUCCCGGUUAUUUUCGACAUUUAAUUGAAAAUCGCUCCAUUAGAAAAAAAAUCACCCAUCAUCAACUCGUACAUGUACCACAGAGAAUUAUUCUAAAUUAGAUGCACUGAAAUGAAAAAUAACUAAGCCACCAUUGUGGUCAACAUUCAUUAUAGUGAACUCUUCUUCUUACCAUAAGCCAAAGUAGUUAAUGAUCAAAACAAAAAUGAAAAAUCUGAACUCUAUCAAAUUUUGAAAAUAACAAAUAUGCCAACUUGACGUAGCGCGGAGCCACUGGGAGAUACAUCAAUAAACCACAUAACUCUCGAGUCUGUAAACAUGGUAAAUUUUCUCUACAUGCUGAUGUUCUUCUAAUCACAUGAAAAUCAAUAACGACUCGUCUCGUGAAGGCAUUCGUUGAAACUUGUUCGCGCCCGAAGUUCCCCCAACUUAAACUGUUAUGACAUUAACUAAGUCUAAUUUGCAAAAAGCAAUUACAGGGUAAUUGAAGCCCCCAAUUUGCAUGCAUGAAUAAUGUAAACUGAGGAGUAGAUUCUCUGUUGCUUGGGUUAAAGCCAGCUAUGGCCGUAAACUGAGACAAGGCUAUCAGUAAACAUCUUCUGGAUUAAUUUAAGUUGGAAUAUUUUCUGUCUGUUAUUUUUCCUCAAGUAAGUACCGAAAGUAUUCUCGUUACAUAGCUUGUGUAAGUCUCGCGAUGUGAAACUAACUCGUCAACGAUUAAGCUCGUUCCAGUAGUUCCCGAAAAACCUUAACGGGGCGGUUACCUUGAGUUUCUAAAUCUCAUACCAGUCCCCACUCAAGAGAAUCGUGAGAAUAAGAUUAGCAGUGUCAGGUACUUGUUAAAUACCUGUUGAACCGGCAUGAAUAAGUUAUCAAAUGAAUACAUUAUCUGGUUUGUAAUGGUAGAUGUUUUAGAGUGAUUCAACUUCGCUGUGAUUACUUCAAAUCAAAGCACAAUUUCGAAGAUUUCGGGUAGCUUCACCGAUUAUGGAGAUAUAUCUUCGUCAUGCCUUCACGACGGUUCAUCUAUUUAUCACAAUGAUUUGUAGCAAGCAAUUGGUUUAUUCUGAUAACUUUCAUAAGCAAAAAAUAAGCGAGUGUCAAGACAACACUGCAGAUUGUUCAGCAGGACAUGGGGAACCUCGUAAUAUCCAUUUAAGUUUACCAAGAAUCAACGGAGUAAAGGUAAAAUUUUAUCUACUAAAUUUUCCUCGAGCGAAGAUCUGUGGAAGAAAAUCUGGCUCGCAAAGCUGAACUUGUUUGAGCUUCGCUAGCUUGCGGCAGUUUUUGGCUCUGUGCUUUACUGAUCACCUCUACAACUUGUGGUAAUCGUCUGAUCAUGGGAUUACCGUUAUUUUUUUUUACAACGGAAUGGACUACGCAAACUUGUCAGAUUUAAGAGGUGAAUUGCGGGCAAAAGAGUAAACAAGAAGUUCUGUGUCUUGUUUAUCAGAUGCAUGUUUAUACCAUGCUCCGUGGCCUUUGACUCGAUCUUGUCUAUUUGUAAAAUCAGCCGGCAUUCACGGGAAGGGUAAAAGAUUAGGUUCAAACCAAAGAUUAAAGUAUCGUUGGCUUGAAUAUAACCUAUAGCCUUCAAAAAUGAGUACUCAUUGACUUUUGACAUCGAGGCAAUAGAGGGUGGAAAAAAAUCUAUCGAUAGUCGGAACACACUAUCCAUCUCCUACCAUCUGCGUAUAGAGGCGACAUUCGCUCAAGAGGCCCGACAUUUCUCAAACUAGACUGAAUUAAUCAAUAUAUCGAAGGCAUUGUAAGGUAAAAAUCCUAGCUUGGUCUUUAAUUUUCUCUCCUGCAUAUUUCUUGCAAAGUGACAAUAUUUAUGGUCAACGCAAUCAACCGUACAUGCGUAUAUCACGCAUAAGCAGUUCAAUGCAUUGCAAAGCGGUUUAGCAUGUACAUGGAAUGAUAACUCAGGAGUGUCUUGACUGAACGGUCGAUAAACACACUUUUCCGAAAUAUGCGAAGUAAAUGAAGCGAGAAGUACUCUAAGAAGAGAAAAUUACUGAAAAUCUUCUAAUGUAAGCGGUCAAUAAUUUCAAGCUCAUUUUGUCGGGGAAAAAGGGAAAGUGUGGCGGAUACUUUCAAAAAGCUUUUGGGAUUAAUUUUCUAUUUAUGCGGGAGAAACACUGUUCUCUUUAUCGCUGGCAUUGCAACGGCUUAUAAAUCUUGAAAUUUAAACCCAUAAUUUUCAAGUUCGUUAUUUGUAAUUAAUGAAAUAGGACAAACAAUCCGUUGAACCCCUUACACCCUAAAAUCAGUAUGCAUAUUCUCCAUACUGUUCUCUAUACAUUUCCUAAGGUGCUGACAAGGAGAAUUCGUUUUACAAUCAGGAGCUUCUUUAGUUGGUGAUCAUUUCCUUAUCUCGUGACCUUAAUGUGUGAUUCGGGGGUGAUAGAAAUUAGAGGCCAGUCACUCUUAGGGGUUAAAGGUUAAAACAACGGAUUGUCGAAUAUAGGUAUAUCUCCUCUAAAACUUGCUAGCUUUAAUUGUCGUCUUAAUCUGAGCACAACUGUAACACAACUAUAAGACUGAACAUUUUAAAAACCCUACUAGUCCCUACUAAAUAUAAUUACAUUAGAGGUAGAGCCCAUCCGCGUUUAAUUCUAAUUUCUCCCACAGUAUCACCUUUGCACCAAAUAUAAAGGUUGCAAGAAUGAAAAAAAUGGUAGCCACUUUCAGAAGUUCCUAAUUGUCAAUCAAUUUCUCCUCUCUAGUACCAGAGGAAAUGAAAAUAAAACAGUGUGGAAAUAUGAAUACUAAUGUUAGGUGUAAAAGGUUGAUUCAUCGGUCUCGCUAAAUGUUUUAUCACCGUGGUAAUAUGGUAAUAAGGCUUUCACCUUGGAUGUUCCCCAUAUUUUAAUUUAGGUUGGCCAUGUUCAAGAUAUGGAGUUGACUGAGAGUACCAAGCACACUGUGAGAACUCUAAGCUUACAACCACCAGUGUUUGGUAAGUGAUAUAAACGGCCGACGAAACGGCUAAAAACUGUUGAGAGUUUAGUACAAUGAAUUAAAUUCCUAUAUAAAGGUUACAACUACAAACUCAAAGCCAGUAUCAUGGUGUCCCAUUCUUAAAGACCAGUCAUUGUUUAUCGCCUGGUGGGGAGGGGUGGAGGAUUUGCGUUUAACACAUAUAUUAAUCCAGCUACAUUUUGGAGGAGUCGCUUUCGUCAGACACCAACUGUUAUCUUCAAUCUCUUUUCACAGAAAUUCCAAAUUUUUUUACCGAUGAAGAAUGUGAAAUGAUCAUCGAUUUAGCGCAAGAAAAGGGAAUGAGCGAAACUCCGCUGACCCAAGAUAACGACCAGAGCGAUAAUACAGAUUCGAUAGAAGACAAGUUUAAAGCUUGGGACAAAAAUGAGGAUAAAUUUAUCGACAAAACUGAGGUAAGAAUAUCCGGGUAACUUUCGACCACAUUUUGGUCGUUUUUUGGUCAGCGGUCUUCUGUUGAUGCUUUUCCCUUGAAUUCGAGUUGCUGUAUUUUUACGCAAGCGUCCACCAAAUCAAUGGUGUUAACCACCUAACUUUUACUAUACGUUUCUUAUCUAGGCCAUUCAUAUAUCUGAAAAAAGAAAUACAUAUUUAACAGAAGAUGAUGUUCAAGAGAUGUAAGUUUAUUCAAACUAUACAGACGUUUUGCUUAUCAUGCACCUUUAGUGAUCUAGUUUUCUCUACCGGCUUGUCAUUACUUGCGAAACUUGAUACUACCGUAAACCAAACAUCAUUUCAUGGUUAAAACACAUCCGAACGACGACAGUUCUUCUAUAUUCCAGGCGUUCACUUAGUAGAACGGAAAAGAAAUAGUUAACGGCGCGAUAGUAAAGGCAGAGCGAAAACGAGGGAGGUUGGUUCGGGUCGCCUCAAGCCUCCCUUUUACACGCGACCUGUCCCAAACCUCUCUCGUUUUCCCACUCCCCCGUUACAAUCGCACCGCUUACUAAUAUGCUACGUUAUACUUGAUAAAUGCCUGGAACCCGUUCGAUCGACUUUAGCUUCCAGCCUUUAGCUACUUGCUGCAAAAAAUGCGCAGGAUUGGCAGGCCCCCAUUCAAACCAGCUUGAAUCGAACUGGACCAGCCAGCAUGAAUAUCACUAAUAAAUAAAUAAAUAAAACGGAAGCUUUUAAAGGAAACUCUUCAAGUAAUAAAUAAAAUAAAAACAAUAAAAAAUCUUGUUUUUAAUUCUCGACCUCAAAUUUGUUCUUCCGUUUAUUUUUUUUUUCCUCACUGAAGGUUCGCUGCCUUGAACUUAGAUCAAGACGAAGAUGGUAAGACUUUUCUAUCCCUUCAGUCUCAUAUAUUACUUCUGACUUUUAUACAAAAUUCAGUCACUCAAGUGGGUAAAAGACGUGCAAAAUGCACAAUGAUGAUGAUCCUUUUUGUUGCCUGUUUUCUUUCUAGUUAGAAUUAAUUGAAAAUAAUUUUAAUUUGGUGUUGCCGUUCAAACUUCUUCAUUGAUAAUCCUCCUUCAACACUGCUCCUACUUCCCUCAAAGGAAUAACAAAUUCGAUAGAAAAUUUUGUGAAAUAUUCUUUUGAAGGUAAACUUUCCAUGAAAGAGCUUGAAAAGACUUCACUAAAAGACCUAAACGCUUAUUUUGACAAAGAAAAAUUGGCAAAACCGCGCCUGCGCAGUCAUAACAGCCAGCAGGUAUGGUUAUGGCACGAUGAAGAUGAACUUUUGCAAUACGAAGGAUUGCUAGAAGAUUAUCACGACCGGUAAGGAUUGAUAUUAGUACUUAAAUUCAUUACACUCGUUCAUUUUCUUGACUUGAUAUACAAGGUAGAUCUUACGCAGGGUUUUCAAUAUUUGAGCCUGCGAUCAGAUUCUCGUUACACCAACCUUUAAAACAAACUAAUGCAGUCUGGUGUCUUUCAUUUCUCAGACUUCAACAACUUACCAAGCUGCCAAGGCCGAUAAUAGAGCAAAGUGAACCCGUACAGGUUUGUACUUAGUGUAUUCCAAUCUUUUUUUUUAAAAAUCAUCAAUAAUCCCUCUUUGUUUUCCUUUAAAAGUUUUUUCCCGUGAUGCUCCUCUCUCGUAGGUCGUACAUUAUAAGGAACAAGGACAUUAUCACUGUCACCAUGACAGCCAGGCGAUCUCGCAUGACAAACCUUGUUGUAUGUAUGGCUCUAGUGAUUGCAGGCUCUGCAGGUGAAUGAAGGUCAACUAAUAAAUAGUCACUAAUCAAGAAUUCUUUUGAGAACCAGAAUAGCAACUGAAAGUUUCCUUUAAUCUGGAACUUCAGUUUUACUUGAAUCUUUUGCUUUAUUUCACAGUGGUAUUUAAUGCUAAGAUAAUCUAAGAUAAGGAAAUCCCUGACAUUUACUCAAAUGUCAGAAAGACAGUGCUACCUUAAACUGCCGUUUAUAAGCCCUGGGCUUAUAAAACUUCGUAUGGGGUUUUAGGAGGGCUUAUAAACGGAAAGGCGUAUAUCCGAAGGGGCUUGUGACGGAAAAAGCGCGUCGAAACGAGCUCUAUGAAGUACUUCUUGCAUUUGCUGUUUUUUUCAAAUUAAGCUUCAGAGCUUCAUAACAAAUCGUAUUCAUAUCCGUUCAUUUGGAACAGAAUUAAAACUAAGAACACGAACAAACCUGGAACGUAACAAAACAAAAGUUCAGAUUUUUCCUUGAAAUUCAUUUUUAUCUAAAAAAAAGUAAUAAAUUUAGCUUAUCAUUCCACAAUGAUUUUUCAAAUUUUCUGUUCUUCAGUGGCACAUAGUCAGUGGUACUGAAAACGAGAAAAGAUAGAGAGGGAGGCAGGCUUAUAUCCGCGGGGGGGGGGAUUAUAAUCUAUUACUCCUUUUUAAUAAUUCGCUCUAAAACCGUAAUAGUUUCCACGUACAUUUUUAAGAAAACGUUUAACUUCACCUUUCAGAUAUCUAACGAUCGUGGUCUUUCUUAACGAUGUCGAUGAGGGAGGGGAAUGUGCAUUCCCCCUUGCUGAUAACACGACUUUCAGCUGGCAGGUAAAGAGACGAUUGACCCUUUGUAAUCCAGGAUCAAACUAAUGAUUCUCUGUUUUGACUCCUAUACAUUUCCACCACAUCAGUUGCAAGAAUCCCACGCUGUGUCAAGAUGACAUGGCAUAACUGAUAAUGCACCGAUCAAUCCGAAGCUGCAACAUCACUCUAAGAAACCCACGGGCAUUCGACUGUCAUCCGUGACCGAGGGGAUGGGGAAUUUGAACCGGAAGUGUCAAGUCUUUCCAGCAGAAUACAAAUUAUAACGUUUAAUGAGGAUGUUUAAGAAAAAUAGUUCACGUUGGUGAGCGAAUGUCUUAAAUGAAAAGGUCUGCAAAGUCAAGGUUUUAAAGCUUGGUCAAGUAUAGAAUGUCCCCCCCGGGUGGGGUAUUUGAACAAAACACUCUUCAAAAGUUCAAGUGCCCGGGGAUGUUGCUCAGGGGAUUGCUCGGGAGGUAUGUUGAAGCUUCGAAUUGAUCGAUCCAUAAGUAUGUCAAUUCCGAUCACCUGCUGCUGAAGGCCUUCCUCACUCAGUUUCCUUCCAUCAGUCAGUUGUUUAAAAAAAAGUUAAAUACCGAAACCGAAGUUGAAAAACCUUUCUUCAGCGAGAAAAACGUAAAUGUUUUGCAAAAAAAAAAACAAUAUUUUAACACGUGAUUUAAGCUAGUCAUUCAUUACAAUGUGAGACAUUCAUUUAGCGUGAAUUCACAAACAUGUCACCUCUCUGGAAUCAGAUUAAAAACAAUCUGAUAGAAGACAAAGAUAUUCAUGUAUAAGCGGUGAUGUCCUCAGUAAUUUCUUCGUAUCAAAAAAUAUCAAACAGUGUUGCAUAAUUGUGUUCUACUAAGACCUAAAAGCGUGAGAUUGAAGAAAUGUAAAAUGGUUUCCGUGUUUACAUAGCCUGAUAUAAACACGCGGGAGGUUGGGAGAACACGAGAUAAGCGUAGGAAAUCACGACGCGAAGCGGGGUGGUUUCCAGCUUAUCGAGUGUUCUCCCAACCUCCCAAGUGUUUACAUCAGGCUAUGUAAACACGGAAAUCAUUUUACAUUUCUUUUAUAAAAUAACUAAUGAAAGAGGAACGAAAACCCUGUUUACAUACGCUCAUACAAAAUGGUUUUAUGGCCAAUCAGAGCGCGCGUACUACUUGAAUUAUUUUAUAAAUCAACAUAUUAACUUCUCUUGCCGAUUAACUGUUCUUGCAAGGCGUGGUCAAACGAGUCAGUUCAAAGCUGUAACAUGGUCAAGCACUGUGAUAAGUCAAACUUAGUGAUCAAACCGCAGAAAGGAAAAGCCCUACUUUGGUAUAACCAUUUGUACGAUGGUACUCGUAGAUGGUUGGGUGAAUUAGAUCCUUUGUCAUAUCAAGGAAGCUGUCAUGUUCAGAAAGGCGAAAAGUGGGUUGCAAAGAUUUGGGUCAAUAUCAACGGUGAUGGCAAAGAGGAGCUCAGAGCGUGGAAGAUGGGGCACAACUGGCUGGCUAGGAAUAAUUACAACAAAGAGAUAGUGAACGCCUUACACUCUGAGAUCCAUGAAAAAACUGGAGUUGAAAAUAAAUACACAAGAGAUAUGAAUAAAAAUAUUGCGAUGGACGUUAAAAACGAGGAUCUUUCGAAAGAAGACGUUCAUACUGUAAAGGAAGAAAAUACAAAAUCAGGUGUAAAUCAACUAAGUAGCAGCGAUACAUCGGACAGCGACGAGGAAGCAAGUGUUGUAAGUGUAGACGAUGCACCAGAGCUUGCUCCAAAAAGUCCAAGAUUAGCUAGAACAGAAACAUCAACGCCUCUUCCUCUCACGGAAGAGCAAAUGAUCCCAAAGGGCCCUGCAAUUGGCCAUCUUCCACUCAAAGAGUUUCAAGGCAAUCGAAUAGUGCAAUCUAUAAUGCUGCUUCUAGAAGAACUCGAUCAGGUGGAGCUUGAAAUAAUCGCGAGGAAUUUGCAUACAAAACUGAAACUCGUCUGCGUUCCUCUUAUUAUGAAUCCUAUGGGGCGCAUCUAGAACCAGGUACAAGUACACGCAUGCGUAUAAGUGGUGAGCCAUUAUCAAUUUUCCAACACCAAUAAAAACAUUUCGCCUUUGUAAAUAUAUAAAUCCAUCCGUGACAGGAAAGAGAGCAACAGAUUCAUUAUUGUUAAUAACAAUCUGUAAGUGACACCUCAAACAGAAAUAAUGAUUUGAAAGAAUUCUUACAAUAAGCGCAGAGCAAGGAUUCAUAACGGUCCGAGAUGGCACGUUGACUUUCUGUUUGAGAGCUUUGGUGCGAAGAGAUUGGAACGAGACUGAUUUACCAGACAGGGCGUUUCUCACCACGUACUCUGUCUCGAAAAAAUUCUGUCUCGAACAAGCCCCAUCCCCUUCCCUUUAAGAUGUUAAUAAAGCGUUUAUUUUGACUGCUCCUUCGUGCGAUGAAGGAAAAAAAGAGAAAAUAAUUUUCCUGUUCUUAAAAACUCAAGAGACCUCUUACAGAAAAUGAACAAAAAGUAGUCUGAAGUCUGAGAGAUCCUUCCAACAAUUGAAGUAGUAGCACCUUUUAAGGCAUUACAUAAUAAUUACACGUAUGUUUAAAAUAAAAAACCGAAGGGAAGUCGGUAAAUGAGUGAAUUAAGCUUUCCUUCUAAAACAUUACCUUUUAUUCUGUUUGUUAGUAAUUAUUUUAAUUCACCUUGACAACAUCGAAUCAAACAUCAAACCCUGAUGGUCUUAAGUACUAUAAACUAUUGAAAAAAGUAAGUUUUUUACGUUAUUACAUAAUCAUGAUUGGAAAACAAAAAUUCUCAAAGAAAACUGAUUAUGAGUAAAUUUCUAACUUAUUAGAGAAUAGUACUUUCUAAUCCUCAUCGUUUACAUUAGUCAAAAUUUUCAACUUGACAACGUCGAAUCAAGCAUAAAAACUCGUUUUCUUUUUUCCUUUUGCAAAUCCGUCAUUUUUUCACGGAACUUGACUGGUUCAACCCCAUUGGGAAUGGAGCCAUACACUAGAUAAGCAGCCUCAUCGUACUUUCUCCUGUAAACCUUUUCUUCUAUGCUCUUUUGGUAGUAGUGUUCUAGCAUUUCAUCAUUAAGACGAGUCCAUUGUGGGGUCCCAUUAACUUCCUCUGGAUUAAUCUGCCCAACUCUGGAAUUUUUACCUUCUUUCAAGUUGGUCGAGUCUUUAUUAGAUUUGACAGGAUCGCUGCUGGUAUUCCAAGAAGAAUCGUUGGUUUGGUCAAACGGAGUGAGUGGUGUACCAACAGCAGUUUGUGGAGGUGAGCCGCUGCACUACGAGUAUAUUAUGAUGACUCGUUAGACAAAAUAAAAGUAAAGUGGAAUACAAACUGCGUUCAAGGUUCUUUGACUUAAAUGUUAGUUUGUUGCAAAGUACUUACCGAAGAGUUCCCCGUCAUUGCCAAGCCUCCGAUAGGUUUGUUUACGUCCUUCGCUUAACUAGGAAUUGCCGAAGAAGGGUUAAGUGACCUCGUUAGCAACACCUAAUCGUCAUCUUCGACCAAUCAUUUUCGUUAGGACCACAUCUUGCAAGUGAACUGUUUUCAAUUUUUUAAUGUCAAAAUAAACACGAACUUCUUUCUAAUGACGUCACACUGUCGUCACGCGCAUAAUUAAGAGAGCUCUCGACCGCCUGUGAAAAUAGAUCGUUGCAUAACGCUAGAACUGAAAUGCAAACAAUCAAAGAGGUUCCUCAUAACAAAACACAAAACUCGGGGCUUGAAUUUCUGACAAAGUCGUCUCAUUUAGCUUUUACGCGGCCAGCUCCGGAUCGCCUAUCAUUUUUUCGGUUGUUUACGCAUGAAAAGAAAAAUUUCAUUCCGAGGUAACUUCAGGUAUUAUUUCAAUGCCAAAGUAAAUACGAACCUCCUCAUCAUGACGUCACAUUGUCGUCACGUGCAUAAUCAAUGAACCUAACCAAAACUCUCAGCGAGUUCUCGACCGUCUCUGAAAAGGGAUCAUGGCUCGUCACUGAAAGAUGCAAACAAUCACAGAGAUUCUUCUUAAUAAACACAGCACUCAGAGCUCGAAGGAACGGACAGUCAGUGGACAAUUUUUUCCCGUCAACCGGGCUAUGGAAUGUUUUGCCCUAUGACUUUAAAAACAGUUCGUCAAUGUCCGUUUUUUGAAAACAGACUUACAACGUUUCUGUUUGGAAAAGCCCGUUUGUAACUAUUCUUAGGCUGUUUGUUGAAAGGAGGCUAACUUUGGAUUUUUUUGCCGAUGUUGUAAAGCGCCUUUGAACAUUAGGAUACUGGCGCCAUAAAAAUUUUUUAUCUAUUUAUCAUUAUUACUUAUUUAACUAUUUAGAUGACCUGACAUUUUGUUUUGUCCGGUUGUUUAUGCAUGUGAAGAAGAAUCCUUCGAAGGUUCAACAUUAUCGGCUUUCUUGGAAAAAAAAAAAAAGGGCAAAUACGGGUAAUCCAGACCAAUAACUUUAUUACCUGUUUCAGGUCCAAUUAGGAAAACGGAAAGAAAUCGUGAACGGCGCGAUAAUAACAGAGUGAAAAAAGCGAGAGAGGCUUGGGUCGAGUUGCGUGAAAAUGUCCAUUCAAGAUUCUUACAUCACGACCUUGUGACCUAUUGCGUGACGUUAAAUACACAGUAUAAGUAGAACUUAUCCACAAAACUUAUUUAACGCAAUGUAUACGCCUCAAAAGUACUUGGAUGCUUCUGAAAUUAAGGCUACCACAUUUUGACGUCAUCUGUGAUGUAAUAAUACAUAGACUGAGCAAAGCUCCACCUAUUUAUUUUCCAGCCUUUCACUUUAAUAAAAUUAAUAAAACUCUUCAGCAUUGUUCGUCGAAGAAUACAUUUGUUCACUUGAUUACCAUCAGUAACAAAUUAUCUCAUGAAUGUUCAAAUUUCUAAAUUUCUUCUUUGAUAUUGCUACUCUAUUGCAAAAUUAAUUAGCGUUAUUUCAAUUACCGCGGAGUUCUUUAUCGUUCCUGAAAAAUAGCCACGACCGCUCUAGAAGCCAAAAAACUUAGGAGACUUCGCACGAAACAGGUUCCACAAAUAUAGUGUGGUCACGAAGCGAUUAAUUUAAAUGCGUGUACACUAAAAUGCUCAAAAUUAAAACAGAGGUGUCAAUAAACAGGGUUUUCUGAUCGAUAGGCGGUCUAAAUCUACCGCCGCCAAUCCGAUCUUGCCGGAUGAGAGAGUGCAUAUGCUGUAUUGUUGCGACGAAAUUCUACGAAACAGUCACUGACUGGCUAUUUUUUCCCGGUAAAAAGUUCUCUGAAAUAGCGUAUAUACUCAGUAUUCGGCCAAAAUGUCUUUUACUCUCGGUAAUUUCUUGCUUUCUCUUCCAGUCCAUCGUCCUUUAUCUAAUCAUUUUAAUUCUUUCUUCUAUAUUUUCUUCCUUUUUUCAUGAAUUUUUUUCUUUCUCCAAGUUUCCUCGAUCGUAAACGCGGUUUAUGUCCUUACGCCUGUAGACAGAAGUCUUAAUGAAAGCCGGUUACCAGGCCGCCCUCUAAAAUAUGACCUCUUGCCGCAGUCUGUUUAGCUUGCUCGCAGGUUCCCGUAUUUGGGUUUCACCUCACGGCCCCUCUUCGGCCCAGUAGUAUAUCACAUUAUCGGCAGCCACUUGUGAAAAAAGUUAUGGAAACCCCUGCUUAUAGUGAAGGAGAGAGCAAAGAAGACACUUUUUCCCCAUGAUAUGACAGGCAGUCAAUGUUGCAGAUUUCAUCAUACUAUAGGUAGCAUUUUCCAAGCGUUGAGUUUCUUUUUUUACAUUUUACUAUUUCUAUUUAAUGUUUUUUUGUUAAAGAAACCAUGGCUUUUUGCAUUUUUCCCCUUUUCCAUCAUUUUCCUCCGAUAUUCAAAUAAGGCGUUGCAGUCCAAAUUUUCCACACUUACCUAAUUAUAGAAGGAUUUGGCUUUUUCAUUGUUUUUGAUGAUUUGAACCUGUUUUACCUUUUCAAAACCCUUAGAAGAUUUGAAUAGCAGCUGUCCGAAAUUUUGAAUCUAGGAAAUACGGAAAUCUCCUCAUUUGUCAUCUAAUCGGUUCUUACACUUGAUGGCAGACUAUAUUUAGGUUAAGGAAGAAGUAGGAUAUUGAAACUACAAGACUGUCGCACUGUUUACGGGGCCACAUUUAAUCCAAAAUCAUACGAUUUCAAAGCUUCAUAAUAAUGAGUUCGAGAAUUACCCCCAGUAUUGUAGUACUUGCUUCCAAUAAUGGAAUUUAGCUUGCAAAACACGUGCUUACGGGACAUACCAUAAACAACAUAAACGUACAUACUAUAAAGACAGUACACGGUUGAAGUUUGUCCUAAUCCAAAACACUAAACAUGCAGAUUUCAAAUUUUUACAGAUGAUCAUACAAUUUUUAUCGUGAUAAGAAGCUAAAACAUAUAUUGUCGACCAUCAAACAACCUUUCUUCUUAGGAAACCCGCUCAGGCCUCUCCUCGACGCAGUUGAACCGGUUGAAACUCGCUUUGUUCGGUCACCGGUGGUCUGGCCUUUGUUCGUGUGCAGGGACCUGCAGAGUCCUGAGAAAGGAUAUCUAUCGGAAACGCAGAUUACAAAUAGUCCAUAAAGCACAAACUUCCCUGUAAAGGAUUUGUUGUUUCAAGUCGACAUGAAAAACAGGGCAUAUUUCGCAGUUUCCUGCACAAUUUUGCUAAGUUUUAUGUGGAUCACCAAAAGCACUGAAGCGGGAGACGAGAUCGACAAAACAAAAUGGGUUCCAAAACUACGCGAUCCAGUUAAGGUAAGCUGAAAUCAGAAAAUUCCCACAUGAUCAUUCUUUACCCUACUUAGUUGCGUAGAUAUAUUAAUUAAAACCAACGAAAUCUUUCGAAAAACAUUAGAUAAGUGAGCUUUGUAGUUCCAUACAACUCGGGAGAGCAUUUCUAAGGUUGAACGACCACGUGCGUGGUAUGUCUUUCAUAAGGAUUAUCUGAUUUUAAUAGAGUGGUUGAUUUUGUCGAAGCAUUGAAGAUGGGUUCAUUUGUGAUCGUUAUGAAUCAGUUAAGUCCGCGAAUUUGAUUUAAGCUAUUAAGGAGCUUGAGAAGGUUUAAAAACGUUUUUCAGACGCGGACGACAGCCGAAAGUUAAAAAUUCUCAUUCCUGAUGCUCACUUCACCUUUUUGGUGGGCACAAUUUAGUUUAAAUUGUUAAAACGACGACCUUACGGUCGACACUUUGGCGUCAAAGCCUGCCGGAAUAACCUUAUUUCUUCAAACGGUUGCCGUUCUCGUCUCCAAAACGUCUCUGCUUAAUUUCCCCAGUAGAACUUUGCCUGAGACAAGCAAGUUCGCAGUGUUCAAAGUUAUCGUAGAAACCUGUUUUAUUGACAAAUCUCAGGGAAGUUCCAAAAGACAAGGCCUUCCACUAUUUUCAGACUUUAAGUCUAAGGGAUAAGAAUACGACAUCGUUGAUAUCCUCACUGUCUGGGAUGGUCGGAGAUAAAUCGGAAGAGUUUUAAUUUUUCCGAUGCAUUCCGGAUUUUUACGAAGACAGGUGAUCGUUCUGCUCUUAUGAUUUCAGACGGCCGUGAAGGAAAAAUCCUUGAAAUUUUGUCUGUCAUACACAGACUCACUAAAUUGCAAAUUAUUUCCUAAAAUGAAAAUAAUUACCAUGUCAUCUUAUUCUUAUGACGGGAAGGUACCCGUCAUUAUUUUUCGCAUCCGGGGAGGAGAGGGUGGUUUGGAGGAUUUUGGGGGAUCACAUGGUUUUCGAAAGGGGGGGGGGAGAGAAAGAAACGGGGAGGGGUCAGUCGUUGUUAACAUAGUAUAAAGGUGGGACUAUAGGAAAUUGACUGUAAUGAAGGGGGUCAUUAAAUACUAGAGAUCCUAAGGGGAGAGGGGGAAGUCAGGUAAAUUUCAUUGUAACACAACAAAAAAAUUCCGCCCCCCUCUCCCCCACUCCUUCCCCCCUCCUUCUCCCCCCCCCAUCCCUCGGGUGAUAAAUAAUGACCAAUCUCUACCCUAAACUUAAAGAACCAAUUUAAACGUCCUUCACGCAAAGAAAUGAAACAGAUUUUGUAUUUUAUAAAAUGCGAUUCUUUUUGUACCCGUAAAUUCAAGGUUGGCCACGAAGAAGAAAUGAUGGUCUUUCCAUUUCACAAAAGGAAGGUGAAAACUAUAAGUAUGAACCCGCCGAUAUUUGGUGAGUCUUAGAUGUCAUAGGAAGUAAGUUGACCAGCCAAAAAUCAAAUAACAUACUGACGAAAUGAAAUGAGAUUCACUUCUUUUCAUGGAUUAAAAGGAGAAUAAUUUUUUUUUCCAAACAAGAAAUCAGAUAAACAGCAAAUUUCAAUUCUGGAACGAUCAGUAGAGAGAAAAACAUCAUUUGCGAAAAAGACCGUUCGGCUAACCCUGUUUACGCUAACAUCAGUAAAUAAAUUCUCCAUACCGUCCUUUAUACAUUUCCUAAGCUGGCGACAAGGAGAAUUUGUUCAGCAAACAAUAGCUUCAUAAAUUGGUGGUCGUUUCCAUUAUUUUCGUAACUUUACGAAUGUGAUUCAAGGUUGAUACUGUCUGGAGAAAUUAGAAGCCAGUCAUUAAUAGAGGUUUAAGAGUAGUAAAUUAUAAAAUUGUUUAAAAAUUGUAAAUAUAAAUUGUUGGUGAAAAAUAUAAAACAAAACAAUUUAAGUACAAUUCCAGUUCAGUAUUUUAACCCUAACAGUUUAAGGUAAAACAAGGAAGUGAACAUUAUCUCCUGGGGGGAAAGAGGGGGCGGGAGCGGAAGAUUUUGAUUGUUUUACAAUAAUUGUUACCUGAUACCCCCAUAAGGCUCUUUAGUAUUACAAUAAUUCCCCAACACCUCCUUAGCAGUCAAUUUGUUAUAGUCCUCCUUUUAAAUUCAGUUAGCAACAACUGAUCCCUGGUCCGUCCCCCCCCCUACCCCUGAAGACGAUGUCCUCCCGAAAAAUUAUCCCGCUCCAGGCGUAGCCAUUUCGAAUCUCUACAUUUUAGCUCGCCUUUCCUCAAGCUAAGAAAAAAAAACAUUUCUGUCUCUCUCAGAGAUUUCCAAUUUUCUGACGGAUGUUGAGUGUGAUCACCUAAUCAGUUACGCUAAGCGCCUAGGAUUGGAGAAGAGUCCUUUGGCAAAGGCGGACACUGUCAUCGAUGACGAAACAUCACAGAGAACUUUUAAGAUUUGGGAUAACAACGACGACGGGUUUAUAGAGCCUGUUGAGGUACGUUUAAACACCACCGUGACUGUAAGGGAAGUUAGUAGGAUUUACCGGAAGUGGAUUAUACGGCCGGAAUGGGGCUCUAUGCUCCCUUUGGGAAAAUCUCAGGAUGGCCGAUUAUAAAAUAUCAUUCCCUUUUCCUCUUGGCCCUUGGCCUCUUUUCCCCUUGGCCCUGCCCAUUAGAGGUACACAGCAGAAUAAGAUUUCCGCUGAGAGAUGGAAACUUAGUAACUUUCAAUCAGUACAGUUUUGCAGUCAACGAUUCAUUAUCUUAAAUUAAAAAUAUAUGCUCGUGAUAUAUUCCUCUAAAAACCUGAGUACCUGUUAGACUGGGGCUUACAUUAUCAUCUUCAACUCUAAGAGGGCUGCAAGAUGAAGAUUUGGGGUCAUCUCAGCGUAAGCUACAAUAUGAGGUGUACUCACGAUAAGAUUAUUUUAAAUUAUUCAGUAAGACAAGUGUUACAUGAUCAUAGUAACCGGAUUUCGUACUAAGAUUUCCGACGAAUCGCUUUCCCUUAAGCAGCGGUAAGAUAUAAAAAAUUGUCCUCUUUCCCAAAACUAGUCUAGCUUUGAUGCCCUAGGACGUUACCAGGGUAACCUUUGUGUUGUUUUUAUCAUUCUGUUAGUUUGAGCCUUACUAUCGCGAUAAAUAAUAGAAAAGAAAGGAGUCACAUAUUUUCAUCUUUCAGAUCAUGCAUGUUCGGGGAAAGGAAGACCUCUACUUUACUGAGGACGACCUACGGGAAAUGUAAGAAAAACUUAGUCGUGUUUCUUUCCGAGUCAUUGCUCCCCUCUUUCCCCUUUUCCAUUCACGGUGUGAAAAUCAGAAACCACAAGUAGAGCGCAGUAAAUGCAUACGCGAGGUUUCUCACGGUAUUAUUGAAACUUGCUGUUUAUUAUUUCAGCUGAAGGGACAAUGAAAAUGUCCGUGUUUAAAACUCAGACUGGCUGCAGUCAAUUUUGAUCACUUCAACACUGGAUAAAGAAACUUAUAUAAGAUCACGGUAUUUGUGGAAUGUUAUCAUUAAAAAUAAACUAUACUUUCAUUAUAUCUUAGGUUUGAAGAACUUGAUAUGGACAAAGAUAAAAACGGUAAGGCUAUAUUAGGAAUACAGGGGUACAAAAGUCUAGUCUUUCAAGACAUAUUUCUUGGAAAAAGCCUCAAAAUUCGUAACCUUUUGAAAAUAGUUGCGUCUGAAUUUUAUGGUGCGAUUACUGAGUCAAUUAUAAAAAGAAAAUGACCAAUCCGAUAACAGCCAGGAAAUGAACUUUGUUUUCUCUGAGAAACUUUGUACUCUUUGCUUGCUUUGGUGCUGUGUACUGACUGAUCGGAUCAGUCGAAUUUGUUCGUUUCCUUUGCAACAUCAGACAUUUCUCUCAGCUAGUUUAAAGAUCUUAACUCAAAACCCGUUCUCUUGAGACAUUUUAAAAUUUCGUAUCACAGGCAGUCGUGGAUUCCGUUGGUUUUGCUACAGUUUUCUCUUAGAUUGGCCCAGAAAACUCGCGCUACUUUCUCAACCAAUCAAAUUCAAACUAAAAUCAAUCGCGCCUAAUUGGUCACCCGUGUUUUCCCGCGCCUCAGGCAGUUCACUUGCUCUCACUUUGAAUUUUCAUUGGCUCCAUAUGAUGCUUUCCUUUGUUCUGGUUGGACGUUAACCCUUUAACUCCCACUAGUGACCAAGACAGAAUUUCUCCUUACAGUAUCAGUACAAUAUCAACCAGCUAAGUGAUGAGAAUAAAGACAAAUAUCAAGUUGAGGAUAAUUAGCUGAUCCAAUACUAAAUUCUCUGAACUAACAUUAUAAGAAUUGCAUGGUUGACAGUAAGGAGAAUUUCAAAUUUGAUCUGGGAGUUAAAUAGUUAAGAUAACUUUGGUUUUGAUUUCACGACACUCAUUCAAAACGCGCGCAACAAAAAGCAGACCCACGUACUCUGUUUUUUUUUUUUGCAAACUCAUAUUUAUACCUUUCUCUUUUUCACAUAUUUAGGUAAAAUUGACUUCGAAGAAUUUAGCAAGGUAACUGUUCCAGUGAUGAAAGAUUACUUCGACAAAGUGCGAAGAACGAAACCUCGACUGCGCAGUCGCAACAGUAGACAGGUUUGGAUGUUCCACAAUGACCCAAAGUAUCCACUCCUCUCGGAUUUUCAUGGCAGGUAAGAGAAUGGUACCAAACUAUAAAUUUCACUGCCGGUCGAUAAAGGCGUUUUUUGCUUAAUGGGGUAUUCAUCGUAUGGAUCAAAUAUCCACGUUCGAAGAUUCGCAAUCCGUAAUGGGCUGUAGUAAGUCAAGUGAAAAUAAGGGACAAUAUCAUCUCUUGAUAAGGUGUAAUUCGUUUUCGGAUAACCUUUGCCCAACAAUAAUAUCACGCAGUUGGGUUUCUCUCGGUGUAAAAACCUUUGACAUUUCAUUUGUUUUUCUGCUAUUACUUUCAAUCGCUCCAUAAAUUCUUUACUCCUUUCAUUUUCGUUUGAUUCUACGUCACUAGUGAAUUUGAUAAUUUCUUACACCUAAGACGAGUCUGAAUUUGUAAUUAGAAUUUAAUUUUUCACACUUUAAUCAGAAGUGCGGUGCGUGGAAUAAAAUUUCAAUUUUGUAGAGACUCCUUCUAAUUUUAUCUUUAUCUUUGCUAGAUUGUCGCGUUUAAGUCUUCUUCCAGAGGAAUUUAUCAAUAAUACAGAGCCUCUGCAGGUAAGUAAUUCCUAACAUAAUUGACACUACUGAUGGGAACUGAACUGAGGGAAGUGCAAUUUUGUCUGUAAUCAUGAAAAUUAUUUCCACACGAAGUUUGAUUUCCAUGUACUUCAGUAAAUCUGUUUUAAUUUGAAACCGCGCAAUUCAGUCCCCAAAAUAUAGGGUUUUUUCAGUGUCAAUAUGUUUUUGAUUCAAAGGCAAGUUUGCUUUCAGGAAAGAAAAGAAGAAAUAGGAAAAGAUUCAGAAAAAAAAGGCGAGUCAUAUAUAACUCGUACUUCUGAGAGCCAAUCAGGAUAGGAUUAUCUGUGAUUUUAAAAUUGUUGGAAUAAGUACAGGUAACAACAUGAUUUCGAGCGCAAUUUGGUGUUAAUAAGCACGAGUAAAUUUUUUCAAAGACAACAAAAUUGCAAGUGCCUUUUUACACCAAAUUGCACGAAAAAUCAAGAUAUUAACUGUCAAUAGUUUACAUGAAAAACGCAUCGAAGAAAGUCAAGACGGACGAAAUUUUGGCAGCGCACACGCGCUAUUUGUAAUUUUCACUUGUGUUACAUGAAAAAUGCACCUGUUUUAUGCCUAUCAGAAGCGUGUCAUUAUCUCAUGUACGUCCUUAGGUGAGAAAUCGGGAGUCGUCUGUUUCUACGCUCAUAACUUUUUAACGCAAAGCUUUUUUUAACAUUUAGGUGGUGAAGUAUGAUGUUCAUGGCCAUUAUCACUGUCAUCACGACUCAGAUGAUUUGAACCCAAAGCUACAGUGCUGCUCUUAUGCGAAUGAAGACGACUGCCGUCUAUGCAGGUAAGCGCUUGUUCCGAGAGAGACAGCCCUCGAUGGACAAAAGCUCACAAAAGGAUGUACGACCGCAUCUAGAUUUAACAAAAGAAGACACCGUGAAGUUUACCUCAUACAAGACAGCUGUGUGUAAAAGCGGGACAAAAUUGGAUUUGAGCACCUACCCCUCCCUUAUUUUGACAUUUACCUUAACUUGUUAUCAGUUGACUGUUAUUGGGUUAGGGGAGGGGUAGGUGCGUAGUCGCUCAGAUACUGACAUUAAUCCAAACUAGCCUUCUCAUUGAAACCGACAAACCGUGAGGACAGUAUACAAUUUUUUUCUUUUCUUCUUGCUACAGACUUGCCACAGUCUUACUGUACUUGAACGAACCUCAGGAAGGCGGAGAGACGGCAUUUCCAGUGGCGGGUAAUGAAACGUUUUCCGCGGAGGUAAGAAUCAGCAAUUGUCGAUGUACUUCGAAUAAUGCUGGUCGGGCACCGAGUGGUCAUCUUUCUCGUCAUGGUUUCCUGGGAAACAGUUAUGACGUACUUACGCGUAGACAGUCGGAGUUUAACUUGACGUCACAAUAAUCUUUAUGGUUUGUGAUUGUACCAAAACAAGAAAGGAUCUUCCCUCAGCGGUAAUUUAAACUCUCCUUACUUUUCGCUCACGCGUGCUGACAUGCAUGCAAGACAGAAUUAACUUGAUGUUACAGUGCUCAUCGUAACUCGUGAUUGUCCGAAAGCAAGAAACGAUCCUCCCUUCAACGUGUGCGGAAAUUUAAAGUCUCUUUACCUUUCAUUCAUUCUCGUUUAUCUUCGUCAACUAUCGUCAACUCUCGGUGAGAGUUAACGAAAACUAGCGGCAUACGAGAGAAAUAGCUUGAACUCUCCCCAUCUCUUGCUUAGCUCAAGAGUGCGCGAAACAGAGUAGUCCAACGCCUAUUUCAAUUCUUUUCGGUUAUAUAUCAAACGCACUGGAUAGGUAAUUAUCACUUAAAUAUCUGGGGUAAGUCUCUAAAGAAACUAUGAGGCUGUGUCGGAGGGGAGUAUUACAAGAACUUUAUUUUAUCAACUGAGUUGAUGAUGUAAAUAGGUCACCGUAAAGAUUUUCUAAAGUUGACAAAUGUUCAGUCGUUCUGGCGAUGGGCUAACGCUUGAAAAACUCUUUACGGUGGCUAAUUUACAUUAUCAACUGUGUUGACAAAACCAUUUUAACUUGCUUUAUCACUUGCUCGCAUUUAAUUGUUAGGCGUGGGAGAGAGGAGAAGGAUGGAAGUGUAAUCUUGCACAAAACUGCCAUAAAAGUAACUUGGUGAUUAAACCAGAGAAAGGAAAAGCAAUAUUGUGGUAUAACCACCAGCUGGACAAAAACACAGGUACGUAAUAUGAACGUUGUUCAAUUUUCAUCCCUUCACGAAAAGCGAUUUUUAUUACUAAUAACUUCUUGCAAUAUCAAUGCAUUAUCCGGCUAAUGGGUGGUAGGAAUUUUGACACCUGCAAGGUGUUCCAAUUAGAGCAGGUUACUGCUGGUCUAUCGCUGGCCUAUAAGUCUUAUUACCGCAGUCUGUUUAGCCUGCGUGCUGGCUCUCGUGUCAGGGUUUUGCCGCGCGGCCCUUUUUGCGGCAGUCGCUUAUGAAAAAUAGUUAUUGAACCGUUGCACUGGUCAGCCAGGGGGGAGGGGUGUUCCCUUAAUUUAUACCAAAUUAUCUUUGCUGAUUAACAAGGAAAUAUUGAGUAUUAAAAGGAGAAAUCACUUCCCGUGUUAACGCUCAAAUGCAUUACUAAUAAACAAACGACUUCUAGAAUAGUUGCAUACUCACUGUCUACCUGUAGUUUCCACGGUCAAUCAUCUAAAUCAAAGACCUCAAGUAAAAGAAUUAAUUUUCAUAUUCUGCGGGAAAAUAAAAUGCAAGGAAAAAGUUAAUGUGAUUGAAAUGUUUUCUGGGUGUCGACGAUCGGACAACUUAACGGUAAAGGCUCGGAAUAUGCGUCCACUGGAAAACAAAAUAAUUUGUGGAAUCGCCUGACAUUUCUACACAAACAUCCUGAUAAUCUUAAGAAGGUUGAAAUAACUUUCCAGUGGAAAUUCUUCGAAAAAUUAUUCACUUCCGGGCAUUUAGCCCGGUUAUGAACAGCCCGGCUGCUAAGCGCUUAGAAAUCGUGUUUAUCUACAUCAAGGACUAAAGUGCAUUCCGCAUUUCAUCUUCGCCAAAGUCCGACUAAGAAAAUUCUGAGUCCCGAAAUUUUCUCUUUCUCUGCUGAUCUUGUGCCUUUAAAAAGGCAGGCAUUUGAGUAACAUUGAGCACAACCUUUUAAAGUUCUAAUUUAAUACACCUGAAUAUCAAAUUUUUCAAUCGGAAUAAAUCGUGAAGCGCGCAGCUGUGGAAACUUCUCUGCCAUUUGUUCACAUUAUAUUUCCAUCUAUGUACUCACCUUGGUGCUGAAUGAGCGUCGAUUGAGUCAUUAAAAUGAUUUCGACAUUCGUAAAUCCUUCCAGCGUACUUUGUAAAGUGUCUUGCCAAAGACAAAAUUUUCCUGGCCUGUCAUGCUUUCCAAAGCUAGGCUAAACCCUUCAUAACAAAACCUUCAUAAUAGCUGAAGCUAAAACCUUCAUAACAACUGAUGGUAAAAUUUCCAACUAAGGCCCUUUGUGAGCAAUGCCCGCAAUAAUUCAGAGAUAAACAGCUGUUUAGAGCACUUGGUUAUGUCACAUUCAACCUUUUGGAAGCGAUGUUGUUCUCGUCGCGUGACAAUUCUCACGGUCAAGACUGGAACUAGAAAUUUCUACUAGCUAGGGAGGGGUAAGGUAAGUGACAUUGUCGCACAAAAAAUCUAUGCCCCUUUAAUUUCAUACUGAUCGAAAUUACGUCGAAGUCAACGAAAAUCUUUGGUGUUACGCAACUAAACACAGGCUUUUUUCAAUAUUUAUUUCCUCCAGUAUUUAUUUCUUGAUUGCAGGUUGGCUUAGUGAUUUGGACCAGUUGGCACAACAUGGCGGCUGUGACGUAAUAAAAGGUACAAAGUGGGUGGCAAACCUCUGGUUGACACUCGUAGGAAAGCAAGGUACUGAGGAACCAUUCAAGGGAUGGAUUGAUUACGGAAAAGACGAGACUAAAUACAAACCUGGCACAGAUUGGAAAGGAGAUCUAGUGAAACAAGGCAACGAGGAAGAAAGCAGUGAAGAGAAAAAGGAAGAAACUGAACAGAAGAAAAGUGAAAUUAAGGAUGAGGAGAAAACAAAAGAGGAGAAAGAAAAAGCUAUAAAGGAGGCCAAAGAGAGCGGAGACGGUUCAUAUGAUGUGAAACUGGAACUCUAAAUGGAAAUCUUUAUUUAACCUGUUUAUCUCUCUAAAGAAAUUAAUUGAGAAAAAUUUCCUAACAAUUUAAAUUAGGACAUGAUUUUAAUGGGAGAGGACAAUUAGCUACUUUAAAGAAUACGUUUUACAUGGAAAGCAAAUUCGGGGUAACCUUGACAUGUUCACUGACUCUACUCUAAGACAUUUUCACAAGUCUAAGCCAUUUAUUCCACAAAAUGACAUUUACCUAGACAUAACUGAGACAAAAGUAAUCGCGUACACAGACCUUCCACGGCCAAACGAUUCAUUUCAGUUACAGAUACACAAUAGGAUCUGGGUGCGAGGUUACCGUUAAGUCAAAAGAGACAAAAACCCUCUACGUUAAGUUGUUUUUUGUUAGUAUUACC